AUGGUAGACAACGCGGGGAUUACCCCCUCGUUCAGUGACUUGCUUGGCGACGGAUCCCCCAUGGCCAAGAAGGCGUGCAAGGCCGCUUCCUCUUCAUCCUCUAGGCUCCUGCUUCGGCCCCUGCGGCUAACGCUGAAGUUUCUUCCGCCCCCUCUGUGUUGGUCACUGGCAAGCGUUAUCCUCACUGAGCUGCAUCGCAAGGACAUUGUUGCUUGUAUCAAGAAAAACCUUCGUCGUUCUGACUUUAAGAACUGGCAGAUCCCUACCUUCAAGUCAAUGGCUGGAGGAAACCUGAAGUUCGCCAAGCGCACCUACGCCCGGCAAAUCCUGCAGUUCCCCAACAAGGAAGCGGCGGAAGAUUUCCGUGCUCGGCCCCCGAUCUUCUUCUCCCCGACUUACGGCCUUGCUGUCGAGCUGAAAGUCUACAUCGAUCCCGCCCCCGAGUUCACUGCAGCAAAGGCUUAUGGCGAGACGCAUAUCGUCAUCCGUAAUAUCCCACUGGGCCUCUUGGAGAAGAAGCUGUACUCGGUACUGAUGAACGGCAAGAACCGCGAGGGGCAGAAGUGGAUUGCUGAUCUUCAGCACUUCCACUCUGCAUCUGAUCCCUACGAAAAAAUCCAACUGCAGAUGCACGGCAUCGUCGUUCCCAUGCCCGGGGAUGCGGCGUUCAGCGUCACUCCACCGAUUAUCUGGAUUCCUGGCCCAAAGCUCUCGGGCACACGCCCGCCGUCAACAAGUUCAAGCAGGAUCUUGGCCUCCUCUUCAUCUGCCUCGACAGCGAUGUCGAGGCAUGGACUUGCUGUGUGUGCAAAUUCACUAGCGGUUGGACCAUCGAUACGACGCUCGCUCACUGCGACUUCCCCCAGCAUCUCCGCCGUGACCUCGGGUCCGCUCCUGAAAAAGGAAUACGGCGGCCUGAAGGCACACGUGUUUCUGAAGAACGACAAGCUGGUGAAUUUCCUUGCGGAGGAGUAA